AUGGAAGCGAGGUUCAACAGGGACAGGAACCCAAGCUACGAUAGGGAAGCAAAUCAAUAUGACGAUGAGCUAGAGGAUGAGAUGUUUGAUAGAAUUUUCAAGAAGAUCAAGGCUAGACAAGAUGCUGAAGAUCUGAUGGAUGAAGACUAUCAAGAACACAAAUGGAUAUCUGGCAAUGAGGACAUAGACUAUGAAGACGAUUACAAGUCCAAAUUAGACGAUGACAAAGCCAAGCAGAUGCUAGACAAACUGGCAGCUGAAUAG